AUGUUCGCAAAUAUUCAGGCUACAAAAGAAGUUCCAGCAGACCAAACUAGACCGAACUUCAACGCCUGUUGUCUUCGGCUUAAACAUUCAAAAGCACUGAGUACAUCUCUCGCGAUCAACUUUGGGAAAAAGACAGCCAAGCUAGCUAUCAACCCAUUUGACACGGAAAGUCCAGAGGUGGUAUAUUUCAAGAAUGGACGUGCAAGCAAAGAGGUAUCUGUUGAUGAGCCUGAUGAAUAUGAAUAUGAAGACUUGGAAUUCUCUUUCACACGACUCGAUGUAUUCGAGGUCUUAGGAUCUGGUCGUCAUGAGCGUAGUGGAGGUAAUCUCUUCAAGGUCGCAGAAUCCAUAUUUGCGCCCUACUGGCCGGACGCAUCGGGGCCUAGGAUCACGGGACAGGAACUGAAGCAGAGGAUACAGGGAUUUGGGUCUAACUAG